AUGGAUCCAAAAAUGAUGUACAAAAUCCCUCUACUGGAGACGGAGUUGUCUGUUGCAGAUGGUGCAGUGAUAGGUGCGUUUGGUCUUACAGAAGAAAGGAAGAAAACAGAAAUUGCAAAGGGUCUCUACGUCCACCGCUUGGAUGAUCCCUCCGCAGUAAGGACACGCCCCCGGUGCUGGCUGCCUCGACACCACCCUUUCAUCUUCCCCGCACACAAACACUAA